AUGUCCGCCCCAGAGACGACCGUCCCUGCCCAAGAGACCCGACCCGUCCAGCAGGCCAAGCCCGCCGGCGCCGAGCCCGCUGUCGCCACCGAGGGUGUCACUGAACAAUCAAAAAAGGGUGCCAAGAAGGAAGCGAAGCGACUCGAAAAGCUCGCAAAAGCUGCCACUAAAACCUCAUCUGCUCAGACUCAAGCGCCCAAGAAGGAGAAAGCCGAGAAGAAGGAGAAGAAGGUCGAGGCUCCUGCUGAGGCCUGGGUCAACACUACCCCCAAGGGCGAGAAGAAGGACGUCUCUGGCAACUUCCCUGCCGGUUACGACCCUACCCAGGUCGAGGCCGCCCACUACGACUGGUGGGAUGCCAAGGGCUUCUUUAAGCCCCAAUACGGUGCUGACGGCAAGCCCCUCGAAAAGGGUACCUUCUCCAUCACCUUCCCUCCCCCUAACGUUACCGGUAACCUGCACAUUGGUCACGCUCUGACUGUCUCAUUGCAAGAUGCUCUCAUCAGAUGGCAACGAAUGCAGGGAUACUCUGUCCUUUACCUUCCCGGCUACGACCACGCCGGUAUCGCCACCCAGGCUGUUGUCGAGCAGCGUCUUCUGAAGACCGAAGGACACUCAAGACAUCACUACGGAAGAGAAAAGUUCCUCGAAAAGGUCUGGGAGUGGAAGGACCAAUACCAGCAGAAGAUCACCCUUCAGAUGACUCGACUUGGUGGUUCUUUCGACUGGGACAAGGUUGCCUUCACUUUGGACGACAACCUGAGUGUUGCUGUCAGGGAAGCGUUCGUUCAGAUGCACGAGAAGGGUUUGCUCUACCGAGCCAACCGAUUGGUCAACUGGUGUGUUUACCUCAACACCUCCUUGUCCAACUUGGAGGUCGACCAGCUCCCCCUCACUGGCCGCAAGAAGCUCAACGUCAAGGGAUACGACCCUAAAGAAUUCUUCGAGUUUGGUGUCAUUACCUCUUUCGCCUACCCCAUUGAGGACUCGGAAGAACGUAUCAUCGUUGCCACCACUCGUCCCGAGACCAUGCUUGGUGAUACCGCCAUUGCCGUCCACCCCGACGACAAGCGAUACACCCACCUGCACGGCAAGUUUGCUGUCCACCCCUUCAACGGCAGAAGGAUCCCUAUCAUUACCGAUGCGAUCACCGUCGACAUGGAGUUCGGUACCGGUGCUGUCAAGAUUACUCCUGCUCACGACCCCAACGAUUUCGAGUGUGGUCUCCGUAACAAGCUCGAGUUUAUCAACUUGAUGAACGACGACGGUACUUACAACGAGAAUGCUGGCCCUUACAAGGGUAUGAAACGUUUCCACAUCCGUAAUCAAAUCAUCAUCGACCUCAAGGAGAAGGGUCUCUUUGUCGAGCAGAACGACAACGAGAUGCAGAUCCCCAUUUGCUCUCGUUCCGGUGAUGUCGUCGAGCAGAUUAUCAAGCCUCAGUGGUGGAUCAACUGCAAGCCUCUUGCGGAGGAUGCUCUCAAACGAACCCGUGCAGGCGAGCUCGAGAUCAAGCCCAAGACUUCCGCCGGCGACUGGGUCAGGUGGAUGGAGAACAUGCAGGAUUGGUGUAUCUCUCGACAGCUUUGGUGGGGACACCGAUGCCCUGCUUGGUUGCUCAAGUUUGACGGCGAAGCUCCCGACACCUCUGACGACAAGAACUGGAUUGUUGCCAGGACCGAAGAGGAGGCACAGGAGAAGGCCGCCGCGCGCGCCAACGGCCGAAAGUUCACUAUCGAGCAAGACGAGGAUGUCCUCGACACCUGGUUCUCCUCUGGUCUCUGGCCCUUCUCCACUAUGGGCUGGCCCAACAAGACUGCCGACAUGGAGAACUUUUACCCUAACUCCCUCCUCGAGACCGGUUGGGACAUUCUUCCCUUCUGGGUCGCCCGUAUGGUCUUCUUCGGUAACUCUCUUACCGACGUCAUGCCCUUCACGGAGGUCUACUGCCACCCCAUGGUUCGAGACGCCUACGGACGAAAGAUGUCCAAGUCCUUGGGCAACGUCAUCGACCCUCUCGAUGUCAUCACUGGUCAAAACUUGGCCAAGCUCCACGGCGACCUCAGGCAGGGCAACUUGCCCGAAAAAGAGAUCAUCAAGGCCGAGGAGGGCCAGAAGAAGCUGUUCCCUAAGGGCAUCCCCGAGUGUGGUACCGACGCUUUGAGGUUCACUCUCUGUAACUACACUUCGGGUGGUAGAGACAUCAACAUGGAUAUUGGCCGUGUUGAGGGUUACAGAAAGUUCUGUAACAAGCUCUGGAACGCCACCAAGUUCUGUCUUUUCCGAAUGGAUGCCGUCGACCUGGCUGGUCCUACUGGUCAAGAGGGUCUUGUUGAAAGAUGGCUCUUCCACAAGCUCAAUAUUGCCAGUGCUGGAAUCUCUGAGGCUUUGGAGAACCGAGACUUUGCCGAUGCUUCCACUAUUGCCUACCAAUACUUCUUGAACGACCUUUGUGACGUCUUCAUUGAAGCCACCAAGCCUAUCUUUGAGGCCAACUCUGAUGCUGCCGCCAAGCUUUCCGCCCAAAACACCCUCUACACAUGUCUGGAAGCUGGUCUCAAGCUUCUCCACCCCUUCAUGCCUUACGUCACUGAAGACCUGUGGCAACGUCUCCCCCGUCGCCAGGGUGAUGCUUGCGAGUCUAUCAUGAUCGCUGCCUUCCCCGAGAAGAUUGCCGAGCAAAGCUUCCCCAAGGAAGCGGCCGCCUUCGAUCUCGUUGUUGACUCCAUCAAGUCUGCCAGGUCCAUCAUUGGUCUGUACAACCUUCCCACCAACGGCAAGACUGUUGAGGACAAGAUCACCGUCAUCAUCCAGGCCAGGAACGACGAGCAGCUGCAGUUGUUCAAGUCUGUCGAGACUGUUGUCGUUGGCUUGACCAAGGGAUGUGGCAAGGUCGACUUCAUUCGAGAGGACAGUGAGAUCCCCCGUGGAAGUGGUACCGAGGUUGUCACCACCGACAUAAGUGUCCACAUUCCCGUCCAGGGCAAGGUCGACGCUGCUUCCGAAAUUGACAAGCUCGAGAAGAAGGCUGUCGUUGUUGAGGGUCAGAAGGCCAAGAUUAACAAGGUGAUGGGCAUGAGCAACUACGAGACGAGUGUCAAGGAGGAGGUCAGGGCGCAGAACUCGGACAAGCUGGAGAAGAUCAAUGUUGAGAUCGAGUCGCUGACGUUGGCCAUUGAAAGGUUCAAGUUGCUUUUGUAG